AGGAGUGGGUAAGAGUUGCCUCCUUUUGCGCUUCUGUGAUGGCUCAUUUUGCUACAAGUUUUAUCGCGACCAUUGCGUUGAAUUGACUUUAAGAUAAGGACAAUUGAUCUUGAUGGAAAAAGAAUCAAACUGCAAAUUUGGGAUACUGCUGGGCAAGAGCGUUUUCGAACAAUUACAACUGCUUACUAACGUGGAGCCAUGGGUAUUUUGCUUGUCUAUUAUGUGACUGAUGAGUCAUCUUUCAAUUGCUGUCCCUACCUCCAAGGGCCAAGCUCUUGCUGAUGAAUAUGGCGUCAAAUUCUUUGAGACUAAUGCAAAAACAAACUUAAAUUUUGAGGUCUUUUUUUCAAUAGCCAGGGACAUUAAGCAAAGACUUGCGGAUACAGACUCCAAGGCUGAGCCACAGGCAAUCAAAAUUAACAAACCCGACCAGGCAGCAGGGAGUGCAGCAACCGAUCAAAAAUCAGCUUGCUGCUGGUCUUGAACAAACUAUGUUGAGAAUGAGAUCUGAAGGGUACAUUCUCUAAUCUCUACUACUGUAGUACCUGUUU